AUGAGGCGGAUCCUUGGGAAACCAGAUAUUCGAUGCGCCCAUUGCAGCCAUGCGCCGUUCAAGGACUCGUCCUCGCUAAGGAAGCACAUUGCCGCAGCGCACACGCGCCCAUUCCCUUGUGCCUUUUACUUUGCUGGAUGCACGAGCACCUUCGGGUCCAAGAACGAGUGGAAGCGCCACAUCGCCUCACAGCACCUCUGCCUGCAAUACUAUCGCUGCUCCAUCUGCUCACAAUCGACUGUAGAUGGAAAAGGCAACGAGUUCAACCGAAAGGAUCUAUUCACGCAGCACCUCCGUCGCAUGCACGCCCCUGUCCAGGUGAAGAGGGCCCUCGCCAAGGGCGACAACGGUCAACAGGGGUCAGAAUGGGAAACCUACGUCCGAGAGAUGCAGCAGAGGUGCCUUAUACAGCGGAGGCACCCGCCACGGCGAUCAAGCUGCCCCAAACCAAACUGCGUCAAUACCUUUGAAGGCCCGACUGCCUGGGACGAAUGGACAGAGCACGUCGGUCGGCACAUGGAGAAGGGCGAGGGCGACAAUCUCGGUGUAGACGACUUACUCUUGCGAUAUGCCCUCGAGGAAGGCAUCGUUGAACGCGUCGGCGAGAAGGAGUAUCGGCUCGUUCAGGUUCUAGGCAGUGGGGGCGGGCCUAGCCAGCCGGUCAGCCAGGCCAUGUCAGAAACGCACGAUUCGCAAGCCAUGUCGACGCAGAGCUCGGCACCGCCACCACCAGACGAGUCACAGUCGCAGUCACAGCCGCAGUCACAGCCGUGGGGUGCGCGGUCGCUUCCACCGCUGCCUGCCCUUCCGCCUCAUCCACCAGCACCGCAUGAUCGAAAUCCGAACCUGCCGCCGCCAGAAUAA